GCUUUGGAGAAGGAUUAGUCUUGAUUUAAAGAGCGAAAACAAAGAAAUCACUUUCUCCAGGACUGAUGAUUAAGAUUAUGUGGAUUCUACUCUGCUUCUAUCGUCUCCAAAUGUGUCCAAAGCAGCACUGGUGCCCUGUGAGCGACGCAUGUGUGUGGUGAUCCAAACCAUCCCGUCUACAGCGCCCUGUGAUCGCCAGCCACCACUCAUCCAAAUGAUCCUUCCAUUCUUUUUCCUUCUUGCUUCGCUUCUCCAACAGUAUGACUCGGAAGCUGAAUCAAGUCAUGUCACCAAGUUUCACCUUCCAAGCAUAAAGGAGCAGAACGGAGUGCAAGAUUCCCAUCGGGAGAAGAUCAUAACAGUGUCUGGAGAAGGAAUGGUCCAGAGCCCAGACUUCCCACAUAGGUAUCCCAGGAAUACUGCAUUGGCCUGGAGACUAGUGGCACCCAGCAACAUGAGGAUCCAGCUCAACUUUGAUGAGAAGUUUGGUCUGGAGGACCCAGAAGACGGCAUCUGCAAGUACGACUUUGUGGAGAUCGAGGAUCUGACCGAGAACACCAUCCUGGGUCGUUGGUGCGGGUCACAGUCAGCACCAACCAGUCAGAUAUCCAAGGGCGGUCAGGUCAGGAUUCGCUUCAUCUCUGACGAGUACUUUCCCUCCGAGCCGGGAUUCUGCAUUCACUUCUCCCUCCAGCCUGUGAGUGCAUCAGCUCCUGAAGUGCCUGCGGUCAUCGCUCCUUCCCUGCAGGGCAUCGAGGAUCUGUCGGAGGCCGUGGCGGGGCUGGGCACCGUGGAGGAGGUCAUGAAGUACCUGGAGCCAGAGCGAUGGCAGCUGGAUAUCGAGGAGUUGUACAAACCCACGUGGCACGUGCUCGGGAAAUCCUUCAUCCAUAAUAAGAAAACCAAAGGAGGGGCUGAUCUCAAUCUGUUGCGAGACGAAGUGCGACUGUACAGCUGCACGCCGCGAAACUUCUCCGUGUCCUUGCGCGAGGAGCUGAAGAGGACAGAUGCCAUUUUCUGGCCCAGCUGCCUCCUGGUGAAGCGCUGUGGUGGAAACUGCGCCUGCUGCUCUCACCGCUGCUACGACUGUCAGUGCGUCCCCACCAGAGUCACAAAGAAAUACCACGAGGUCCUGCUUCUGAAACACCGGGGCGGAGGCCGAGGCCUGCAGAAGUCCAUGACUGAUGUGCCCUUGGAGCACCAUGAGGAGUGUGCCUGUGCGUGCAGCGAUGACUGAGACUGACCUCGCACAUGUGUAACAGCCGCCACUGGAAUCACACAGCACGUUGAAAAAAAAAAAAAAAAAAAAAAAGAACCUCUCCCACUGUCGC